UAAGAAAUGGUGGAAAGCCCAACCGGAGACAGAAGUGUCGGGCUCGACGCACCCGGACGCAGACAUCAAUUCGGAUAAUGAACGCCAGCUGGACGACCUUACCCCGAAGGUUGUCAAGGACUCGGAAUUCACUUAUGCUGUUGCACAGGGCAGCUUCGGUGACGUAUGGAAAUGCAGCCUGAGAUUCUCAGAAAAAGAUAACAGGUAUAAGUGGCCGUUAAAUGUGUAAGGAUCGAAAUCCAGAAUGACCAGUGCAAGGAAAUCGUCAACAAGGUGGGCCGAUAUAAUAUAGAACACCAGUAUAAUGAUAUGAAAACAUUUGCAGAGGUUGAUGGACGACUUCAGCAAGUGGAAACCACUGUGCCAUGAUAACAUUCUUACGCUGUACGGGAUUACCUACGGGUUUGGUCCAGUGCCAGCUAUCGUAUCUCCAUGGAUGUCCAACGGAUCCUUGAGCACAUAUCUCGAUAGAAACUAUGACAGUCUUUCCAUGGCCCAAAAAUUCGGCUUGCUUGCCGAUGUAGCUGCUGGUCUUCAAUAUCUCCACUCUGAGGGAGUGCCUCAUGCAGAUCUCACAGGUAGCAAUGUACUCAUCAAUAGCGACGGAGGUGCUCUUGUAGCAGACUACGGGCUCUUGACUACAUGUUCCGAGCUAAACGGGACCUCUUACAUCAGGAGUAACGUGCGAUGGGCUGCGCCUGAGCUUUUCGAAGUUCCAGAUACCGAUGAUGCGCCUAGCUCACCAAAACUAGAAAGCGAUAUUUAUUCUUUUGGAUGCAUCGCAUACCAGGUUUUAUCGGGCCAACAGCCGUACUAUAACAUUCGCAGUGAUCACCAGGUAGUUGUGGCCAUCCUCAGAGGUGUCAAGCCUAAGCGUCCAGAUAUCCCUGCCAUUGAAGAUUGUCAUUGGAGCUUCAUCGAGCAAUGUUGGGCAGAACUAUCACAGCGACCUCCCAUUGCUGAUGUCCGAGAUUUGAUGUGUCGCUAUAGAGAUGCUAUGUGUUAACUCAUGUUUUUGUAUUUAGACGAAUGCAAGGAUUCUAUGUUCUCUACGCCCCGACCAACGUUUCGAAACGAAGACGCAAGUGUCUCAUCGAUGCGAAGAGUAAGCUCUUCGCAUCCGAGACAUGCGGACAUAUUUCUCUUUAUUUCCUUACGACAUUUACCUUGUACAAACGCCUUGUUUCUCUUACUAUUCUUUUGAACACAGUGACCUUCUUCGUAUGCGCAC